UCAUCUUUGUAUCCAUCUUCAAUGUAUUAUCUACUCCUCCUCCUGGCCUUAUGUUUGUUUGUAAAUCCUUGUCCUUCCGACCCAAGAGCCACAGACCCUGCUCUAAUAUGCUCUAACAAAACUUCCUUACCACAGCGCGAUACCUUCAAAAGAAACUUUUUUGCGGCCAUGGAAACAAUGACCCCUUUGAUUGCCACAAAAAGAUACGCAGCUGUUGUGAACGGGACUGGUAAUACCACAGUUUAUGCUUUUGGUGAGUGCAUGAAAGAUCUAAAUAAUACAGACUGUGAUCUUUGCUUUGCUCAGUGCCAGACUCAGAUCUUCGGGUGUUUUCCAGUUCAUAAAGCCACUAGUGGUGGCAGGCUUUUCCAUGAUGGGUGUUAUCUAAGGUACGAUGAUUACCCUUUCUUCAAUGAGGCUUUGAGUGCGCAAGACAGGACCGUGUGUGGAGCUCAAGAUUUUGUAGGGAAUGGUUCUGUUUUUAGCGCUAAUGUUAAUCAGUUGGUGAUGAAUCUAAGCGUGGAAGCGCCUAAGUUUGAUGGGUUUUCUGUGGGGUCUGUGAACAAUGGAAAUGUCACUGUUUAUGGAUUGGCUCAGUGUUGGGAAUUUGUGAAUGGUACUGCUUGUGAGGACUGCUUGGCCAAUGCGGUUACUAAAAUUAGUUCAUGUACUCCAAAAGAAGAAGGAAAGGUCUUGAACGCUGGUUGUUAUUUGAAAUAUUCAACAAAAAAAUUCUAUUCCAAUUCGACUGAGUCUGUUAUAAACAGUAAUCAAGGAAGCAAGCUAGCUAUAGCUUUGACUGCAACAUCGACUGCUUUGGCUCUUUUGCUGGUUAUUGCAGCGGUUGUCUUCAUUGUGAGGAAGAAUGUACUAAAGAGGAGGAGAGAAAGAAAGCAACUAGGCGCUAUGUUGGCCACAGUGAACAAUUCCAAACUCAAUUAUAAGUAUGAAGUUCUAGAAAAGGCCACAAAUUACUUUCACAAUUCCAAUAAGCUGGGACAAGGAGGAUCUGGUUCUGUUUUCAAGGGAGUUUUGCCUGAUGGGAAGGUUGUUGCCAUUAAGAGGCUUUUCUUCAAUACCACACAAUGGGUGGAUCAUUUCUUCAAUGAAGUCAAUUUGAUCAGCGACAUCCAUCACAAAAAUCUUGUAAAGUUGUUGGGAUGCAGUAUUGCAGGCCCUGAAAGCCUUCUUGUUUAUGAAUAUGUGCCAAAUCGAAGCCUCCAUGAUUACUUUUCUGCUAAAAGGAAGUUUCAGCUGCUAAGGUGGGAGGUGAGGUAUAAGAUCAUAUUGGGUACGGCUGAGGGCUUGGCCUAUCUCCACGAGGAACUAGAAACGAGAAUCAUUCAUAGAGACAUUAAAUUAAGCAAUAUACUGCUUGAAGAGGACUUCACAGCAAAGAUUGCAGAUUUUGGACUCGCUAGAUUAUUUCCAGAAGAUAAGACACACCUCAGCACUGGCAUUGCUGGCACAUUGUAAGUGCAAGA